AUGCCAAGCAAGCUAAGGAAGGCAAUUGGGGCAGUGAAAGACCAAACCAGCAUAAGCCUUGCCAAGGUCUCCAACGCCAACACAAUCAACAUCGAAAUUCCGAUACUAAAAGCCACUUCUCAUGACGAAGUCGCGAUCGAAAACCGCUACCUCGUCGAGAUCCUCCAACUCAUCUCCACCAACAAAGUCUACGCCGCCUUAUGCGCGCAGGCCAUCGGCAAACGAGUCACCAAAACCCGAAACUGGAUCGUCGCCCUCAAGUCCCUCAUGCUCGUCCUCCGAAUUUUCCAAGACGGAGAUCCUAACUUCCCUAGAGAUGUACUCCACGCCAUGAAAGCGGGGGCGAGAAUUCUCAACCUAUCGAAUUUUCGGGAUGACUCGAACUCAAGCCCUUGGGACUUCACGGCUUUCGUGAGGACCUUCGCGCUCUACCUCGACGAGCGCCUCGACUGCUUCCUCUCCGGUAAGCUCCACCGCCUCCGCCGCUGCUCCUACCGCGAAAUUGAUAGCAGCAGCAAUCGCCACGAGAGACAUUGGAGACCAAACAGCGCCGAGCCCGUCCGGGACAUGAAACCGUCAACGAUGAUCGAUAGAAUAUCUUUCUGGCAAAAGCUGCUCGACCGGGCGAUCGCCACCAAGCCGACCGGCGAGGCCAAGACGAACCGACUGGUUCAGACUGCGCUCCACGCCAUUGUCCAAGAAAGUUUCGAUCUUUACAGAGAUAUAUCCGACGGAUUAGCCCUUCUUCUCGAUAGUUUCUUUCACUUGCAUUAUCAGUCAUGUGUCAACGCGUUCCAAGCCUGCGUGAGGGCGUCAAAACAGUUCGAGGAGCUAUCGGAGUUUUACGGCCUGUGUAAGAGCAUCAGCGUCGGAAGGACGUCGGAGUACCCGAGCGUGCAGAAAAUUUCCGAUGAGCUUAUCGAAACGCUGCAGGAGUUCCUCAAGGAUCAGGCUUCAUUCCCUUCUCACCGGUCGUCGCCACCUCCUUCGGCGCAGAAGCUGCUUUUCGCAGCUGCGUCGACGCCGGUUGCCACCGAUCAGGCUUCGACGUCGUCGGAGCGAUUCGAGACUUGUUAUUAUAACGAACAGUCGGAGACGUCGGGGUGGAAUUCCAUUUGCACGUCCCCGGGUACGGAGGAAUUUGUUGAUGCUAUCACCGGCGAUGACAACGACAACGAUAAUGACAAUGACAAUGACGCCAAUGCUGUUGUUGAACCGAAACAAAAUUCGUUACCGGCUGAUAUGGAGUCGAAUUACGGAUUGGAUUUUCUCUCUUUUGAUUAUUGGCCGUCGUCUUCAACGGAGAAACAUGAUCAAGGAAAACGAGAAGAAGAAGAAGAAGAAGAAGAAGAAGAAGAAGAGAAUUCGAAAGAAGUUAGUUGGGAGAUUGUACUAGUAAAUAGUACGGUCAAAGAAUUAUCAGAACAAGAGACAUCGAAUAUCAAAUCUAACGUUUCAGAAAUGGUCAUGUUGGAAAAUCUAUUUGAUCACGACCAAUACUACAAUCCUUUUCUACAAGAGGGAAACGAUUUAUUUGCGCUUACUUCAGCAUUUGAGAGCACAUCAGGACUAGAGGGGACAACAGUGGCUCCGACGUUCCGCGCAGUGGUUUCCGGUGCGUCCGACACCGUGUCGCCAACUUUCUUGGCGCAAAAUCCUCCAAACGAGAAGACGAGAUUAUCAUCUAAUUGUGAGAGGGACGACCCGUUUGAAUCGUUCCCCAGAGAGAAACAGAGUGGGGUUGAGCACAGUGAGAGUUUUGUUCGUGAACAACAGCUGUGGUUGGAGCAACAGAAGAAGAUCAUUGCCAAGCGGAUGUUGAGUUGA